UGUUCGGCUUUCUGAAGUAUUAUAGGUCAUACAUUGACUUAGGUACUUAUUGUUUCUCAAAAUAAAACUAGCAGUUCAUCUGCAGUGCGUGGUGAUAUCGGACAAAACGGUUGAAUUCGCUAUAGGUUAUACAACAAACGCAUAACGUUUUGGCAAACAAAAACACACAACACCUCGCGAGUGUGUGCACAUACAUAAGUAUAGUAGAUUGCAAUAAUCUUCACCCAGGUCUUAACGACAAAAACGGUACAUAAUAGCCUUGAAACACGUACAUGACUUGAACCUCCGGAUAUUUUGGAGUCUCGCAGGAUAGACACAUAAACCAGGCAUAGCACAACAGGAGAGCCUAGAGCAGGCAUGGGCGCGUGUCGUGCAGGCCGCGACAACAACGACCCGGAGAAGCUGCUGUUGGGCUGCAAUUUCUACCACCGGCGCGGCUGACGUCGGCGCCGACAGCAGGAGCUAGCGUCAUCGUCAUCCUCGGGAAUCCGAAGCCCGUACCUCUUCAAGAUCCGGGGCCGCGUCAGUGCGGAUUACAAACGAGCGCCAAGGAGGAGGAGAUGCCGACAAAGUAAUCAACAGCAGAAGCAAGGAUAAGAGGCAAGCAGAGCAACAGCAGCGGGAAGAGAAUGUGCGUGGCGAAGCUUGUCGGCGUGCAGCUCGUCGGGUCGUCGUUUUCGAGGAUCAGGAGCAGCAACGGUGUCAUAUACGCUAUCAACAGCAGCAGACUCGUGGGAGAGGAGGAGGAAGAAGAGGCAGAGAGCUCUUCGCCUCGUCGUCGUCGUCGUCGCCGUCGUCGUCGGCGUUGUUACCUUCCUCAUCAUCGUUGCUUCUGCAACGUCGUAUCUUUAGGCCACCGACGCCCCGUCAUUUGCAGAAUCGACUAAACCUUUGGAGGAGAGCUUGCUUCAUCAUCACGCCGUCGAUGAACAUGUCGACGGUAUGGACCGUCCGCAUGAAGCAGCGGGAGCGAGGGAGGCCGUUGAACAACUGCAUCGAGUUUGAUCUGUCAAAAGAUAUAAAAGAGAGUAUGCGAGAUUUAUUGUCUAGUUUGUGCCGUCGUAAUGAAGUAUCCAGAGUUCAUAAGGUGGGUCAUCUCAAUGGCUUUGUUAAAUUUAUCCGUGACAGCGAAGCUACGGACUAUGGAUACAGCAAGGAUGAACUAUUUCGCUGUAUCCGCCUGUGUAUGCUCGAUCAGACGAUGCAAAUUCGUGCAGCAACGCUCAGGAUGCUACACCAUCUCAUUAAUACAGAGCAAGAUGUCCUGAUGAUGAAUAAACUGCAGUACGGCUACUUUGUGGCUCGCAGCUUGGACCUUCUCUCGCGUGACGAUGUAGAACGAUUACAUGCUCUCAGGCUAGCUAGGAAGGUGCUCGUCACUGCUCCAAAACAUUUCAGUCCUGCUAUCGUGCGUUCACUUGUUAGCAAUGUUAAUGCUGGUUUAGAGACGAACGACAACCUGUUCCGUGCAUUUCUAGCGACGCUUUGCGAACUGAGUAUCCUCAACGAGGACUUGUUCAUUAGUUGCGGAGGUGCGACGGCAGUGGCACGCGUCGCUGCAACUAACCAACCACCUCACAUAGCCGAGGCUACGGUCGGCGUACUCAUAAGACUGCUUAGUUUUCCGGAGACCCGAUCUCACGUGUCGUUGCUCUGCAUCGCCGCGCCUUACUGUGAACUUGAGCCUAUCAAUCAAACGGGUCGAAGUGAAGAAGAACGAAGCGAGGCGUACGCCGCAAGUAAAUGGGCUGUACUUAGUGUACUGAGGUCGUUUGCAGGAGUUAUGCAUUUCUGCCAUCCUAAUGAAAAUUCGGGGAUCAAAGCUAUAGUGGAUAUUUUGUACAUCGAUCAGUUACAGGUAAGAGGCGCAGUUUUAGAACUUUUUUACGAACUACUGGGUCUGCCUCUGCCAACGUGGACCGACGAACCGGAUGUGGCACUCGCGGCCGUCGAUCCACGACGUUUCAGAGAUACGUGGAAACUCGACGCUGGCUUCGUCGAGGCAGAAGGCCGAAUUAUUCUGCCACCCAUAUCGAGCAGUCCUAAUCUCACAGAGCAGCAUUUAGCCUUACUGGUGUACGUUUUGAUAGAAGUCGGUCUACACCGAGCCUUAGCUGAGAUAAUCGUGUGCUCGGACACGUUUAUUUCUGUGAGAGCGGCCGUGCUCUUGGGCGCGUUGUUGCACCUGGUGCAUUCGUUACUUCCUUCCAAGAUCUGCGACGUGACACCGCCGUUGCCGAAUCUAUUGCAGUACGCGUCUUCGGAUGGCUCCCAUAAACACCAGGCAUGGGUAGCAAUGAUGAUUUUGAAUCGAAUGCAAACAAUGAUGCGAAGUCGGCCGACUCCCGCGAGCUUGUUCAUGGAUCGGCUUCUUCAGGCUGGAGCUUGGCUGCGACCGAGUAUACAACGAGAUUUACGUCGACACUCGAACGUUCGGCACUGGCUCAAGCGUGAGUCGCCUAUGCUGCUGAUGUUGAGGGAUUCUCAAGUUUUGAAUGUUAAGGACGCUCACUACUGGAAUUGGCCGUCCAUCAGGUCGUUGUUGAGGUCGCGGGACGAGUCGUUCAUGUCGCUGCAGGAUAACGAUCAUCGCACGUUUAUAAAAAAGCUUAUCAAGUACUUUAGGCCCUCUUCGAACGCGUACAGUCGAAUCGAGUUGACGACGAAUGCACUAAAGGCGCGUGAAAUAACAUUAGCUGGCUGCGAUCUGAUCAACCUGUUGCUUGAGAUGUACGAGCUCGAGGGCGAACGUUACUUGAACGAGCUAAUAAACGACGUGGCCGAAAACAUAAUGGCGCUACGGAUGUCGAACUCGGCGCACAAUGUACUGUUCUCGCCACGUAGUGUUACCAUCACCUGCUGUCAGAAGUAUUUUCUAUUUAUCGGUCAAUUGAGUCACUCGGCUCGCGGUGUGGAGGUGCUACGCAGUUAUCAACUCUUUGACAAGCUUCAAGAUUUGGCCGUGACCACCAAACAUCAGUGUUACGUCAAGCUUGUUGUCUCGUCGCUGGAUUACUUGCGGGAAGGCUUGAGCAGACGAGUGUUGGCCAAGGUGGCGAACGACGCGUCGUCAGAGAGCACGAGACUGUACGCAACACGCUUCCUGAGGAUUCUGUUGCGAGCGAGAAAGAGGGACGCGGACCAUUGGGUGAUUAUGUUGCUUUUGAACAAACUGAAUGACACGAGCCCGGCUGUGGCGAAUGCAGCGCUUGAGGCGCUUCACGAAGCCUGCGAAGAGCCCGAGCUACUCGAGGUCGUGCUCCAAAAGUCUGAGCAAAAUAUUCUCAAAAAUUGGAACAAAUGGAUGGUGAAACUAGGAAACCGGGGCCACCUUUUAAAAAUCCGCUUCUACUCCCUUCGUUCGGCAUUUGCGUCAUUGCCUUCUGCGGCUGAAGAAUUGGAAAAGUGGAUAAAACCUGGCGGUCUAGCAGAAUACUAUGCAGGUCUGUUGGAAACUGCAAUCAAUGAUUCGCUGACGCGUAGACAGCGCAGUGAGAGUGGUUGUUACCAAAAACGCACUAGCGACGAAGAAACAGUUUUCACGACCAAGGAUAUGAUCGUACCGCCGCAUUUAAUAGGUCAAUUCGUUCAGCAUGAAUUCGGUAUUCAGCAGCUGAUUCGAAGAAACGUGCUGCAGCGAUUUGCGCGUACCUUGCAGAGGUUUAAAAAUGAAUAUACGAGCAGUGGUCUGAAGGAGAGUGGAGGGACGAGGGAAGACGGUAGGAGCGAGGAUAAAAAGACUGAGGGGAUGGAAACGAGCAGUAGACUGAAGACGAUAGUGGAUGCAGAGAUAACGGAAAAGCCGCAAGAAACGAGCAUACCACGGCGAUCUGAAUCUACACACGUAGAGGUCAAGAGAAAGCUUAGUCAAGAUGACUCGAGGAGAACGACGCCCGAGAAGAGUUGGAGAAGCCAGCCGGAUUCGCGCGAAGACAGUAAUUUCGGUGAACUAUAUGCAAGACUAAAAAAAGUGAAAGCUGCUCUGUGGGCGCUGGGACACGCGGGUACGUCAGCAAUGGGUGUUGAGCAGCUAUGCAACCUGGGUAUAAUCGAGCUGAUAUGCUCAAUUGCGGAAAGCUGUCCGUACUUUGGAGUCCGAGCUGUGGCUAUAUACUCUUUGAGUAUAGUUGGCUCGUGCCGCGCCGGAGCGAAUGCCCUUGCAACGCACGACUGGUCGUGCGUGACGCACAAACGUGGUAUGCUCUGGCCGAUCUUGCAGUCGACCUCCACGUUCAACAUCCCGCAUCAAUUUCCAACUUUCCGUCAGCCCUCGCCGAGUUUGCUGCAGCAGCAACAACAACAACAACAACAGCACCAUCAUCAGCAGUGGUUAUUGGGACAGCAAUCUCGACAUCAGAGAAGUUUGAGCGACGGCAGACCUGAGCUGCCUGAUGUGCCGACUGUAAUAAGAAGGCAGAGAAAUCAAUCGGAGAGUGCUGCUACGGACUAUGAGUCACGAAGACUGUAUUUGCCUGACAGAGGUGACACUCCUAGUCCUAUACCCAGUUCGCAGAGGUUCAGCCAACAAGAUAUAGAAGGCUUGACAAAACUCAGGAGCCUACAGCGGUAUCGCAGGCCAAGCUACUCCCCCAGCAGCGGAGAGCAUGUGCAUAGCCAAGAAGAUCGUCUUUCCCUGCAAAGUUUAUCAGAGUACGAGUCAGUGCGCAGCUGGAACGAAUCUAUUAUUCCGUCGACUCCAUCUCAUCCGAUCUAUAAGUAUAAUCAAACGACAAUGUCAGCAUCAUUGACUUCAUCUCAAGAUAGCAGUAACGAUGGUAACGAGCGUUACGUAGGUAUUGCGUUGCCACGGAAGCUUACUCAGAUAUUUCCGGAUGCCACUCCGUCCGAUGUGCUUUUUGACAAACCGUCGGAUAAAAAUCGUCAGGUUUACCAAACGAGAUUGGCUCAGGAAAUCCAUUCAGGCGAAGUUUCGCUCUUGCACGAAGAUUUGAGGUACGUGAAUCGACUCCUUCAAGUGGAAAAACCUCAGGCAGCGAGUGACUCUGAGCGUUGUGCAUCACCGAUACCAGCCAUUGUGCUGGAAGAGGGAGCACACGCCAGUUCGGAAGAAGCUGUCACUGCCACGUUCACUAAGCUCAGUGUAACUGAAAGUUUCGCAUCCGAGAUUCCCAGCACGAGUAAUCAGCUGAUGUUGCCAAAAGGCAAGACGAAACAUCAGAGGACAUCCUCAACAUCGCGCGAUGGAGAUUAUGAGUCGAGUUCAGAGUACGAGAUCAAUACGGAUCAUUCGCGCAUCUGCCUUGUCUGUUUUCGCGAGAGAAGCGUGUCUGAUGAUUCCGUAACUGGUAGCGAAGUCGAUUUCCGCAAGUCCCUCGACAAACCUCGCAAAGAUGUUUUAAAACACACUCAACAGCUGGCCAAUCCAGUUUUUCAUAAGGAAAGUCGACAAUCAUUACUCAUGCUAAGGCAACAAUAUCCCGCGGUGUUUGAGGACGAGUGCAUGUAUUCCGAGGUAGCUGCGCAUUUAGCAAGUAACAUGUAUCGUAUUCAGGCAAGGCGAUUUUUACAAGAAUUAUUCUUAGACUCCUCUUUUGAUAAGCUUUACGAAGAAAUCUCAGCAAUUUUGAAGCUAAACACGAGUGAAUCCAAAGACGGGCAAUCAUCACAUGUUCCUAGUGUGGCGGUUAUCGUUACACCGCUGCGCAAAUCAUAUGACGUGAAAGUAAAUGGGCGACCUAUAGACUGCUUCGAGCGCGAGUCCAGAAAGUCACCCGGUAACAAAGAAGACAGCACAAGGUCAACCCAAAGCCGAUUGUCGUCCUGUAGUACCGUCAAUCCGCGAAAGUCGAGCGACGCAAGUCUACAACAGCCUGCAAAGCAGCGUCUCAGUGACGAAAAAAUAAUUGCUGAAAUCCUUAAGCCCGAGGAACGUAUACGAGUGCCCAAGAGUUCUGAGAAAAUAUUAAAAGCCAGGAGCAGUAUUAACACUGCCAUCAGCCUUGAAUAGCUUAUAAAUUUUUUGUGCCUACAUUCAAAGCACAUUGUAUAUAUUUUAUAUAAAAUAUGAGCAAAGACUAGGGAGCUAAAAUUGUAUGAUAGAUUUGAAUAAUUCCACUGCCACAUUCAUAAAUUUUCAGUUUUUUCUCACUUUGGUCCCAAUCCUUACAAUUUGAAUUUCUUUUUACUAGUUAUUCCUUCAACGAUCGAAAUCACAUUUUCCCUGGGUUAUGAAAAAUUGUACUUACCAUCGGCAUAAUUUUGUAAUGUAGUUUUGAAGCCACAUUAUUGUUUUACAUAGUUAUUAUUUUAAACUAAGUAUUUAUU